UAUAUAAUAAGAAUAUAAUAUUCCUGUAUACAUUUACCUUUGUAAAAUAGUGAUCGUCAAUUUAAAUAAGUAUUAUCAAAAUCUCAAAAUAAUAAUUUAUAUGUUUCAGAUGUGGUUUCAGACUAUAGGAAAUAAAAAGAAGAUAUUAUACCGUCAUAUCCGCUCUACAUAACAGAAUAUGUUAUUAUUAUUAAAUAGGUCAAAAGCUUACACAGCGGAGUCAAUGGCCAAUGCGAUUUGCGAUAAAACAAUAAAAGUCAUACGUGUACGGUUUAUUAGAGAAUGAUGUGUUAGUACAUAGUAAUGUAACGCGUGUUAACUCAUUACAGUUUUCAUCUUUGGAUUCCACAUACCAAAAAGGACUAGACGCAUAUACAAACGAAAGAUGGUCUGAGUGUAUAGUGCAAUUUGAAGAAUCACUGCAUUUGUAUAAACUUUAUAAAACCGUAAUUAUCAAUUGUAGGUUAAAGUGUAAAAAUGACGCUAAAAUAAGUAACAUGAAUGAAAAUAUAGAGGAUCUGAAAAUAUACGAAUUAUUUAUAAGAACGAGACAGUGCCUGAUGAAUUGUAAACAGGAAGGCUUUGAAAAUAUUCAUAUGUAUAGUAAUGUAUCUGAUGCAAUUGUUUUGAAUAUGCAAACUAGAAAACCCUAUGAAUACUUACACCUGUGUUACUUUCAAAUGUAUGCUCUUCCCAAAGCUGCAUCAGCUUCAUAUACUUUCCUGGUUGGUCACCCUGAGGAUCCGGCCAUGAAGAAAAAUUUAGACUACUACACCCAGCAACCUGAAGUUGAUAUAAAUAAUGUUGUGGAUCUUGAGAGUGAAGACUAUCAAAUUUUAUACAGAUUGGGUCUCAAAUCAUAUAAAUUAAAAAACUGGGGUGAAACAAUAGCCAACAUGGAAGAAACCUUGGUAGAUUACUUGGCCUGGGAAAAUAAAUGUCGGAUGGAAUGUGAACAACAACCAGAACAGGAAUGGUCUCCAGAAGUUACUAUAGUGAUAUCAAAUUAUAUUGCAUCUCUUUUAACAUGUAAGCAAAGGUGUCAAGACCAAUUGAAACCGCUUUACAAUUCUGGAACAGAUUUUCUAGCUGAUCUGCUGAAUUACUUACAAAUAUCUUACUACAAUUUAGACAGACUAGAUGAUGUUGGCAAAGCAGUUGCAAGCUACUUAACAUUACUGCCAGAGGAUGAGGAUAUGUUAGAAAAUAAAAAAAUUUACCAAACCCUCAUUGAUGAAGAUUCUUUCCUUGAGAGAUCUGAUAUUAUUCAUUAUUUAAAAAGAGAUAAAUAUGAAAAACAGUUACUUGAAUUUUUUCAUCAAGAUAAUAGUGAUAAACUUGAAUCUAAUUUGGUAUUUUAAUAUUAUGUAACAAUUGUUUAGAGUAAGAAGUAACUAAAACAUCAUAUACCUAAAUAAUACAUGUGCCAUAUUUUUUUUUAAUGUUAUACUAUGUUAUACCUACUUACUUAUUAAAAUAAUAAAUAUAAAUGCAUAAAAUA